AUGGCUCACAAGACGUCUCCCAAUUCCGAUAUCCUCUUUGAGAAAGGAAACUAUCACGCGGUUGAGAACAGCAUUGUCUUGGUGUAUGGAUUGCAUGACGUCACUCCCCAAGACGUUCAGCGAGCAUGCGACAUCGCGAUAGAGACUUAUGCGACGAAGAUCUUAAACUGGCCAAAUGGAAGACUCGAUAAGCCGGAGAUCUUCAAAGUUGAGAAGCUUGAUCAAGAACUUAAAGAUCUGGACGAUUGUAUUGAACGAUUUGCUAGUCAUCUCUAUGGCGUCUUUGAGGCGUCACCACCAAAAGACCUGCUCAUCUACCCUCACACGUUCGUUGUUAUGGACGAGAACUGCUUCAGGGCUGAUGCGACUGCUACUCUGGUUGUUGCGCAUAAACCAGAGGAUGAAUGGAGAGUCCAACAAUGCUCUGUGCCCGUUGAGGUUGAGCUUGGUCUGGCUGUUGAGAGCUUGAGAUUGGGCGAUGUGACGGAAACGGAUAUGCUUGAUCAGUUUACCAAUUAA